AUGGCUCCUCUGUCUUGGGCUCAGAUCGCUGCGAAGAAUCACAAACUCAGCCCUCUACGACAUCAGAUCACAGGCGACGGCUCACCCCAAGCCUGGAAUCUGAACCCAGUGACCUCCCUUCCUAUUCUCACGGCCGCAGACUUCCCUUCCCUUGUCGGGGGCACGGACAGCGCCGGAGAGGAGCGGAAGUCUCCUGCUCCCGCGGCUUCACGAACUGAAAGCCCUUGCACCGACUCUGACCCGGCUCGUGUAGGGGAGAGCAGUGAGGAAUAUGAUAUAGUUCCUUCCUCCUUGAAGGAGGAGAAUUUCCCCUCCUCCCACUCGACAUCACCAAUCUCUUCACCCACCACAGCUUUCGCAACCGCAACCACAACCACAGCCAGCGACAACGAGAUGGGCAACACCAGAAGAGACCGAAGAGCCGCCAAGAAGGCCGCGGAGGAGGCUGCUAGGCAGGCUCGACUCCCGUCGUCGCUCGAGUCUGUCGCAUCUGUCGCGUCUGUCUCUUCGGCUCCUGCCGAGAGCGUCGCUGAGAGCAACGUAGCUCUUGCUGCGGCAGUCCCCCUUCCGGAAGACGAGGAGGACAAGGAGAACAAAGAGCCGGACACAGAUGUCGCGAUUAUCUCCAACGGCGAGGAUGCCGGUGGUAUCUCACCUGAGGCUUCGGUCCAGAUUGAGGAUGCUGCUUCCGAGUCGACGCACAGAGACGGCGAUCACGGAAGAGUCUUCCAGGCCUCUCUUGAGAGUGGACGCUUGCCCAACUUUGAGAGGGAUCGUCGCAUUGGCCUUUUCUAUGCGAAGGAAACCUAUGACUGCGCCAUCACCCUCAAGGAUGGAAAAAUCGUCUCGGCUCAUCGCGAGAUUCUGGUUUCUGAGUCGACCUACCUGGCACAGACCCUCCCACCACCCAACGAGGUCGGGGUCACUCACCACAAGCUUGAUGACUAUGACACACCGAUGAUCAGUGUCGUAAUCUUCUGGGUUUACAUGGGAGAGCUCGGCGGUCACCAACCCGACAGAUUAAACAUGUGGAGCAGCUCCUACAUCCUGAACAAUGUCAUGUUCUAUCGCCCCGCCACGCUUCUCGGUGUCAAGUCCCUCAUGAAGUAUCAGAUUGACAACAUGCACAAGGCGGGCAGAUUCCUCCGCGAGGCUCUGAAUGGCCGGUUCUUUUACUACAAGUUCAACAGCGCCAAGAAGCUGGCUGGAUUCGAGAUGCCUCUGCGCAUGGCGCAUAUUCACCUGUAUACGCAGAAUGUGGAGAAGGAGUUUGCGGGUGAGAUACGCGAGAUGAAGUUCGCCCUAGCACAGGUUACCCUCGCAGUCCUUCCGUUCCUCCGUCGCCAGUACGGGUUCAUCGACAACAUCCAGAAGGUUUGGGAGGCGCUUCCGUUCCCAUGGCGCUCGCAGAUGGAGGACUUCUACCACGAGGGACUCUUGCCCGACUUUCCCAACUGCUUCGACGACAAUUUGCAGUGGGUCGACGAGAAGACCGACGAUAACUCCUUCCAGCCUCAGGGUGUCGGCUCUGGCUCUUCGCGCACUUCAAGCAUGCCGUAUUCUCAGGCUUCGAUCAACGAGAUGACCCAUCGCCUGACCAUGGCUGGCUUUGACUCUGGCUACAACCUUUAA